CACUGGUGGGUUUUGCGGAGGUUUUGGAUUUGCUGGCGACUGAGAGAAGCGACAAAAAUGGCAGCUUCCAUGGCUGCUGGAAGAUCUACUCUAGUGCGUGCAAUGUGCAGAGCAUCCAAAAUUUCUUCUUGUUCUUCAGCGACAAGAAGAUUUUCGAUUCCACCGACUCCGUCGAAUUUCGUGCCUCGUCGGACUCCAUUUUCCCCUCAUCAUUCUUCUCCAAGAUUGGUCCGACGAGAACUGAGCUCUCUUCUGCCCAUCCACUCUGCAAUCGCUUCGGCUUGCCUUGUGUCCAAACUCCCUAGCGAAGCCAGCACGUCCACCGAAGGUAGAUUUGUGAGCUAUGUCAGUCCCAUCUAGUACUGAAUGGAUGGCAAGAUCAAGGGUUUGUUCAAAAUUUAUGAUUGGCUGAUUAUUUCCUUGCAGAAGUUGGAGCUCAGGUCUUCCAGGCUUGAUCGCUGAAGAUGCUUUUUAACUCUCUUAUAGUAAAUAUCAACUGUCGAACUAUUUCCUGAAAUUAUCCUAUUUUUUUAUAGCACUAUGAUGGUGAUGAUUGAAAUAUACAGAACCAUAAGAAAUUGUCUCUCUUGCGGUGUACUUUUUGGAAGGGAAUAUACAAGUCCUCUUUUGGUUUUCAAAAA